GUGUCCGGUGUUUUUGACGUAAACAUAUAGAUUCCCGUUGUGUUAUUCGUUUUGGGAAAAUCUUUGAAGCAUUUUUGACAAGGACAGCUUGUUUUAACGCAGCUAAUUUGGAUCUUAUCGCUGUCCGGCGAACUCUCGCGAUCCAGAAACGAUGGAAGUCGAAAUAAGUCCUGAUGAAUUAGCGCCAAAAUCGAAUGAAAACAUAACAACGUCGGACAGUUGUCCAAGUGGCGAUAAAGCCGAAGAAGAGAGUCAGGUGAUUGAAAAAGAAAUGUCUACUACUGAUUCUAGCCUUUCCGACGCGUCGAAAGAACACAGUAUGGAAUUGACGGAAAAUUACGCAGCCGAUUCGUCCGAGGAUUCUAAUUUCAAAAAACCGACCGUGUUAAUUGAUGCGAAACGUUUUCGAUCAGUAAGUAAAACGUCGGUAUCUGUAAAUCAAUGUUCGUCCGAAAGCAGUGAUCAUUCUUCGGAUCAACUAGACUCAAAAGAUCCUCCCUUUCCGUACAAAGAACCACCUUGGGGAGGGAAAUCAGAACAGGAGUAUAAAAUGGAGGUGUUAAAGUCUGGAGUCAUCGUAGAGACAAUCUUACUGAACGAACAAAGUUUUUAUAUCAUUGGACGGUUACCAUCGUGUCACGUAUCGCUUGGUCAUCCAACUAUUUCAAGAUAUCAUGCCGUUUUACAAUACAGAUCCAGAGAAGACGGGGAAAAUUUCAAAGGAUUUUACAUUUACGAUCUAGGAAGUACUCAUGGAACAUAUUGGAAUGGAAAUCGUAUAAAACCUUAUAUUUAUGUAAGAAUACGAGGAGGUCAUAUGCUCAGAUUUGGUUGUAGUCAAAGGAAAUACAUUUUGCAAGCACCUCCGGAUGAUCAAGAAGAAGAAUCGCAAUAUAGCGUAUCAGAGUUAAAGGAAAUGAAAGUAUUGCAAAUGGAGAAACAACGAAUAAAUAAAGAACUCGAAGGAACCGCUCAAGAGAAAGAAAGCGAUGGUAUCGAUUGGGGUAUGGGAGAGGACGCGGACGAGGAGACGGAUUUACAAGAAAAUCCGUAUGCUUGCAUUACCGACGAGGAUUUAGUCUUAGACGAUCCUAAGAAAACUCUCCGAGGAUGGUUCGAAAGGGAAGGAUACGAUCUUCAGUAUCAGACAGAAGAAAAGGGGAUUGGACAAUUUUUAUGCUGGGUAGAUCUACCCAUGGAGGACAUCGUUGGUCAUACCGUUAGAGCAGAAGCUGUUGUCAAGGGUAAAAAGAAAGAAGCAGUUGUGCAGUGUGCACUGGAAGCGUGUAAAAUUUUGGACAAAUAUGGCUUGUUGAGACAAGCGAAUCACGAGGCGAGGAAAAGAAAAACAAGGAAUUGGGAAGCUGAGGAUUAUUAUGAUUCCGAUGAAGACAACUUCCUUGAUAGAACCGGGUCGGUCGAGAAGAAACGAGAACAGAGGAUGCGAUUAGCUGGCAAAUUAGAGGAUAAAGCAGAAACGUAUGAUUCGUUGCUUGAAAAACACAAACAAGUUACAAAACGAAUCUCGCAAUUGUCGACUUCAAUUGAAAAUUGGCACAAUGCGAGUAAUAAAGAGAAGGAAGCACCGGAAGAGGAUGCGUUGGAUGCUUUCAUGUCCAGCUUGAAUUCUUCCUCUUUGACUAAAAACGAUAUUGCUAAGAUGAAAGUAGAAUUACAGAAUCUUCGUAAAGAGGAAGCGAGUUUAAUCAAGUUAUUAAAUUUGACUCGGCCUGCGAAUUUACCUCCUCUAGUUUCUUCCAACGUUAACGCAGAACAAAUCACGCAUCGCGGUAAAGCGACCGAAACUGUUACCCAAGGAUCGUCGGAAGUAAACAAAAUUCAAGAUUCCUUGAUUCGACGUACAAAGGAAAAACAUGCGAAUCAACGAGCACACGUAGAUCGUAAGUCGUUCGUACCAAGUACAACCAACGAUACAAGGACGGAAGCAGAAUCUGAAGAGGAAGUGGAUAGCGAGGACGAUAACGAAUUGAUUUCGUCACGUGCUUCACCAAAAGAAACCGAGGAAAGUUCGAAACCUUCCCCUGAUAGUGUAAAGGAAUCUUCCGAAGCAAAAGAAGCAAAGGGAAAGCAACCUCAGCGUGAAGUUAAAGUAACGAAAAAACGGCGACAAGAGCAAGAAAAAGUUAAUUACGAUCAGGACAUUUAUACGGACAAUUAUUCGAUGUGGGUUCCUCCACAAAAUCAAGCAGGGGAUGGGAAAACGAGUCUUAACGAAAAGUAUGGUUAUUGAUGAAACGGAACUAAAUUCAGUCAGUUACAAUGCCGUGUAAUUGUAAUUUGUUUUUAAUUAUGUUUCAUUGUACGACAUUGUAAAUAUUGUAUAUAAUAUAUGAUUAUAACGAAAUGUUUUAAUUUCGAAGUUCAUUAAUGGGAUGUAUCAUGAUUAUAAUACACUGAUAUACGUUUUGUUUUA